AUGUUGGAUUGGAUGAAGCAACAGGAUCCAAAUUUCUUCUCAAAUAUUAGCAUUGUUUCUGAUCCGACUGGGAAAUUACCGACAUCGGUGGUUGAUGAUGCUUCUAGAGAUACGUCCGGCAUGGUUAGCGGUUUCCAAUCUCAUCCUACUUCUGGUGUCGUUUUGGUUGCAUCAAUGGGAUUGCCUUCGGUGGAGAAGAAGAUCAAGCUAAAUUACAAAAAUUCAUCUUCUAGAGUUCCAGAUUCCACAUGUACUUCUCCGGUCACCCCUGUACCUAUGAGUGAAGGUUCGUUGUGUUUCUCUGGUUGCAAUCCCACUCCGAAGUCAUCAAAGGUGGUGGAGAGCUUGCCAUGGAAAGCGAACAGGAACGGUUAUGAGCAGCUGGACACGAUCAAAAAAUCAUUUCCGGUUUAUGAGUCUACGAUACACUUGUUAACCUUCUCCGAUCCAAAACCAGAGGGGGGGAAUUUGGGUCCGACUAAAUCUUCAACGACGGCAGCAACGUACGAGCAUCGUCCAGGUGUACUUCCGAUCAGGACAUUGGCGGAGUGCAAAGGGAGCUUCACGAAGAUAACGGCUCCGUUAAAUGAUGGAUGGGAGGAGGUUUAUUUAGGUCAACACAAUAAUGGGCUUAAAAAUGAAAAUUGGGCUGCAAUUGAUUCAUGGGGCUCACAAUUGUUAACUCGAAAGAUAGACUGGGUUUUAACGAGCAAACAAAAUAUAAGCCCACUUGUUAUUAACGCCACUGAUCAACGCCUUGUUAAUUGGAAUGAAAAUAACCACGUUUAUCCUAAUCAGUUGCCAUCACCUUCCCCAAUGCCGGCUAUGGCUUACGUGUUUCAACGGGAUCGGAGAGUUAGAUCGUCGAGUCGCACGGAAUGGAAGGAACGAAAGAAAAAGGACCUAAGUUUUCAUGGUGGUUCUCAAGUCGGCUUGUCUCACAAAUGUCAUAAAUACAAAGAAGGCUGCGAUCACUAUACGUGGGAUGCUAAUCAGGCAUCAGUUGAUCAAUUGUCAAAAAAGGUUUCUGUGGAAUCAUGUCAAAUUUUGGAGUUCUUUAGAGUUGUUUCCAAUUAUCAAUCAGGACUGAGUGAUAAUCACUUGGUGUUUGUGACUGAGUUAUGUGUGCAGUUGAACAUUCGACUAGGAAGCUGUUCAAUUGAAGUGAAGUCAUUAGUUGCUAAGUAUGGUAACACUAGAUUGGAAUGGCUCACAUUUUUUGGAAAAGUGAAUCACAAUUGGGAUAUGUAUUGGACGCAAUUUGUUUAUAACGAUGUCACGGUUCAUCUUCAAGGGUUGGGCACGCCUCAGUGUUCUUUAGCUUCACGCCAUAGUGUGUUUUCAUUAAGAGAUAAGUCUUCCCUAGAUGGUCCUUCAUUAUGUGAUUUGCUAUUUUUUGUCUGGGAAGUGAAUUGUCAUCAUAUACAAAAGUUACACUCAUGGUUUAAGUCUAUUAUUGGAGCUGGAUUAUGGUUUAGUUUUAUUUUCAAUCAGGGCAUUGGGAUGUCAUCCGUUGAGAAUGUGUGUGGUCGGACACCCCCACCAAUGGGGAUGCAAGAUGUACCAGGUAGGGUGAGGGUUGAAGAGGUAAUGAAAGAACGGCACGAAUGGGAUGAUUUCUGGAAAAGGAAUGUGCAUUUUGGCUCAAGUUUUUUACCUCCUGAUUUGAAAACUAAGGCUGCUUAUGGGGUUAUUCCUAUGGUUUUCUUCGUUACUUGUACCAUUGAGAAUCGGCUAGACCAAGUACACAAGUGGUUAAUCCAUUGGAAGGGUCAACCGGAUGGAAAAGCUACUAGAGAAGUCGAGUUGAAUUUGAAUAUUAUGAGGCAAUUUCCAGAAGCAAGUCUUGAGGACAAGACUUGUUUUGAAGGUGUGGGUAAUGAUACAGAUACUAAUAUGGUAAUUAAAAGGGAAAAUGAACCAAAGUUGCUACAUGCAUAA